GCUGAAGUUGUGAAGGUUUUCGUAGUAGCUCUCAAUCAAAAAAAAUCUGUUGUAAUAUGUAAUAAUGGUGGACUAUUAACUAUUUAAUUUUUGAGAAAAUUAUACAACUCAAGACGCAACGUUCAUCGAUUGGAUUUAACAUCUCGGGUUCAAUACUAUUUCGUCUCAUCAAUUUCAUUCCGUUUAAACUCUUAACUAAUUUCAAAUAAAUCGACUUCAUUAUAUUUAGCCUUGAUAAUAAUUCAAUUUUCUAAGAUAAAUUUAUAUAGUAUGGUUUUUACGUAAAUGACAACGACUAGGCUAAAGGAACAGAAACCAAUGGGUAUUAUAAACACAAGGGUCUGUCUGCCAUUUUAAAAUUAUAUUCGGUUGUAAUGGCGGAUAGACGCUUUACUACAUCGCCGUACUAAAAAUAGGAUUAUAGAUUUUGCGAUUGUCUUUCUUUGUCGUUGUACUCAUUUUACGCGAUAUUAGAUCCUGGUACGCAAUUGACAUCGUAAUAUAUAAUUUUCACUUGCUCUUGUUUCCAAGAGCCCGCUAAUGAUGGAAGGCCCACCAAAUCGUGGUUUCCGUGGUGGAGGACGCGGUGGACCACCAGGAAUGAGGGGAAGAGGUGGUUUCGAUGUACGUGGACGGGGUGGAUUUGGCAUGAGAGGUCGCGGUGGACCACCUAGGGGCGGGCCGCCUAUGCGUGGAGGCCCACGUGGUUUCGGAGGUGGCCCGAUGCGCGGAGGCGGUGAUCGAGGGGGAAGAUUUCCACCUGGACCGCAAGGACCUGGUCCACAUCCAGUACCUACCAUUGAGUCGCGUGGUGCACCACCUCCACGUGGUGGCUUUAACAAUAGAGGGGGGCCUGGUGGUAUGAGAGGCAGAGGUGGUAGAGGCCGAGGAGACUUCGGACAGCGUGGUGAUAGAGGUGCUGGUCGUGGAGGAAUGCCAAUGAGAGGUCGUGGUGGAAGAGGUGGCCAUGGUCCACCUCCAGGUCCUCCCGGACCAGCUCCGGGAGUUGUGCCUCCAGUGGUGGGUCCUGUGCAACCACCACCGCGUCCCGCACCACCACAUGCUGCCGGUGCGCCUGUAGCUCAGCCACAGGGUCCUCCCUUCAAGCGUGGUGGAGGUGUAAUACGUGGUGGACCCAGUGGACCUCCUAAACGUGGCAGAUUUGAAGGCCCACGUGGUGGAGGUAGGGGAUCUGUUGGACAUCCACCUCCUCAAUCAAAUGGAUAUGUACCAUCACACACUGGAUAUCAGCCAUAUGAGCCACCAACUGCUGAUAUUUAUACACAACAAUCAUACAGUGCACCAAGCUCAUAUCAAGAUGGUGGUUACUCUGCACCGGCAGCUGCUCAGGUCACUUCUGGAUAUAGUUCCAGUGGUUAUGGGGCGGGCUAUGGAUACUCAACAGGUGGUCCAGGAAGUUACGAAAAUGAUGGUUACAGCGGCGGAGUGGGCGGGGCGGGUGACGCCGGUUACGGAGCAGCAGAGUCCGCAUACGGCGGCGCUGCCUCCGCGUACGACACGUAUUCACAACCCGCCUACAACUCCUAUCCGCCCCAACAACAGUACUCUAACAGCUAUGGUAAGUUUGGAAAAUACUGAACUACCAAGGGACAGAUUAUGUUUUAGCUUACUUUGACGAAAUCUCUUAAUUUAUUUGUGUGAUUCAAUAUUUACUUUAAGUUACAAAUAAAUAAAUAAAUGGUCUGUAUUGGAAGUGCUUGCUUGUCGACUUAAUGAUGUAUCGUCAGGAAACUUAUCAAAAUUAUAUCAGUAUGAGCGCAGUGCAUUUAAAUAGUUCUUGUACCCAGGUUGGUUUAAAAACUGUUUGGCAAUCUUAGAUUUAAUAAACUAGAUGUUUAAAUACUACAUACAGUAUUCCUUGACCACAGUGCAUUCUAGAAUAAUGAUAGUCCACUAAAAAUGAAGAAAACAUAUAGCAUAAUGAAUGAAUAAGACAUAAAUAAAAAAAUAAUUAUAUUUAUAAUUUAGGUUAAAUAAUUUUGGUGACACAACUAGAGCAAAACAUUAGUAAAUGAAUAUCCCCAACGCCCCAACUGAGAAAUUACAUAUUGGUAAUUAUUGAACAUGGUGUAAAACUAUAAAACAUAACAAUAUUACAGUUUGUGUAUAAUUGUUUGUAUUACAGGCAGUUGGUGAUCUGUUUGAUUGUAACAGAAUAAAAUUAACAUCUUUAACUUCGAUCUAAAGAUAAUUAAUAUCUGUAUAAAGUGGAUGAAAUAUCUCAAGUUAUUGGAUGUACAACAGAAACAAGUAUUGAAUUAGGUGUUGUGAAAAUCAGAUUAACGAGAAAUACAAAAACGAACUACAAGAUGCAAGAACAAACCAGUAUAAAUAAUUGAUAGACAAAUUUAAUUUGUAGUGACGGACUUUGUUUGAAAAGUCAGACAAACAAAGUAAGAUGAACUAGAACAUUAGGUUUUAUUACUGACUUAUGACUGGCUUAAAAGAAUGUCCUAUACUAAUAAAAUUAUUUAGAGCAAGAUCAGAAUAUUGUAAUUCCAGAAUUGUAUUUUAGGGUUAACAUUUUAUUAAGUACCUUUUCUUGGUAUGGCACCCAUGAUGUUUUAGUGAAUAAGAACUUAAUUUUUAAUAAAAGUAUAAAAUUAA